CACAAAAAACAAAAGUUUGUGCUGCUGAGGAAACAAACUCCUGCAGACUGUGUGAGGAGGACCGAGUGAAGAUGUCCGAGUUAAGUGAUGAGGCCAGUGAAUCGGAGCAGCUGGGUGCCAGCCUCUCCCUGUGGCUGGGUGACUCCCUGGUGAGACCCGAGGAGCUGGAUGUCCCUCUGGACCUCCACACAGCCUGCUCCAUCGGCCAGUACGACGUGGUGGCUGAGUGUAUUAAAAAGCAGGAGGUGGACCUCAAUGGCAAGAACGUUGGAGGCUGGACCCCUCUCAUGUAUGCGUCUUACAUCGGCCAUGACAACAUUGCAAAUCUCCUGCUGGAGGCUGGGGUGAACGUGAACGCCACCACUGCAAAGGGAGUGACUCCGCUGAUGCUGGCAGCGAGCUGUGGGAACGAAAGUAUCGCAUACUUUCUGCUUCAGCAAGGGGCCGAGUUGGAGCUGAAGGACUCCCGAGGCUGGACGGCUCUGUUCCACUGUACGAGCACCGGCCACCAACAGAUGGUCAAGUUUCUGCUGGAUAACAAUGCUGACACCAAUGUCAAGGAGCCAGGGUCUGGUUUCACCCCUCUGAUGGAGGCUGCUGCUUCCGGACAUGAAAUCAUUGUCCAGUACCUGCUUGAUCAUAAAGUUAAAGUAGAUGACCGCAACGCUAAAGGAGAGAAUGCCCGUACCCUGGCCAUGAUGUACGGCUACACCAAGAUCGCCAGCCUCAUUGACUCACGUACUCCAAGAAUCAAACCAGGACACUUUGAAGACCUGAGCUCCUCCGAGGACUCGGACAGCGCACCGCAGAGGAUAAGGCCGAGUCGAAACCGAGCCAAAGGCAUCAGCAUCCACGAUGGGCCUCAGGCCAUCGCCAAGUUCCGAGUAGGAGGCACCAGCAAACUGUGUGAUCAACCUGCUGUGCCGCCAGGCUACAUGACAUUUCGUGAUAUCGGCGAACAAAGUGAAGACAUCCGUUACCGUGAUGUGACCUCGCCCAUCAAUGAGCUGGACGGCCAGAGCAGCAGCAGCAGAGAUGACAGUCCGUUCUUUGACAAUGACAUGCCCACCAUGAGGAGCAGCAGCAGCAGCAGCGAAGGUCUGCCUCAUGUGAUCGGCCUCAACUGGGAAGGCUCCGUGGAGAGUAACGAGGACUCUGACCAGGGUAAAAAGAGCAGCUCUCGCAGAGUAAAUAAGGGUCAUUACUCAAAAAACAAGACUCGCCAUGGAAACAAUGACGCAGCUCACUCCAGUGGGACAGGGAGCUGUGGGAUAUGUGCUCACAUUGGUCCCCCACCUUCCUACACUGGUCCAAAGGAUCUGGCAGAGUUCUUGGAGCAAAUUGGCUUUUCUAAGUACCUCCCAUUACUCGAAGAGCAAGACAUUGACCUUCGGAUAUUCCUCACCCUGACAGAGAAUGAUCUCAAAGAGAUCGGGAUCACAUUGUUUGGACCGAAGAGAAAGAUGACUUCAGCCAUCGCAAGGUGGCACAGCAGCGCUCGACCGCCCAGCGAUGCUCUGGAACAGGCUUACGCUGAUCAACUGGAGGCUGAGAUGCAAGAGAUGGCCAUUCAACUACACAAGCGCUGUGAGGAAGUAGAGAGCCUGCAGAGUCAGGUGUCGCAGGAGAAGGAGCUGCGCACGGUGAUGGAAGGAUGUCUGAUGGAGGACAAGAUGGCUUGGAAGAGAGUCCACGCCGAGCUGGUGGACAACCACCGGCUGGCUCAGGACAUGAACAGCACACUGGCGAAGGCGAGGGCCUGCUGCACUGAACUGCUCUCAUGUUUGACUAAAGAUGGGAACAGCAGCUCUUACACUGACAUGGAGGAUAAAACAAAAAGUGACACUGGUGUUAAAGGUGGAGACGGGCUGACAAGUUCCAGUAUCGUGGAGCUGAUGAAGAAGCUGGAUUCUUUUGAAGAAGAUCUUGGAGGAAAUCUGCAAACCAUGCUUCAGAGUCUGAGGCGACUGAGCGCCCCAGAAAAAGUCUCUGAUAGCUGGGAACGGCCUUAAGCAUUUCAGGGGCUACUGCCAAUAUUUGACGGAGGGUGAUCUAACCACCCUAAACAAUCUCAGUGAAAUGGGAGAAGGCCAAAGACAAGGCCGGCCCCGCCAGACCUGAGUGGCUCUGGAAGGGACGCAGACCUGCUGCUCAUCUGGGAUUGGCUGAUGGAACAGAGCUCGCCAGAAGCAAACAAAGCCAAGGGCAACGCAGCUGCUGCAGGAAAAUGACAAGCAGGCAGAAAGGGUACCUGACCCUAACACGCUUGUGCUGGUGUAUGCAGGACUCCUAUCCUGCAGGACAUGAUAUGUGCAAACGCACAAGACAGGAGGAGGGAGACUGAGAGGACUGAGUGUGGAUCAGAGGCUGUGACAGUGAUGUGAUUCUGAGAGUGACCACAUAAUUAUCUAUAAACAGAUAAUUAUGCAAGACAACUGAGAGUAUCUGAUCAACGGUCCAGUAUUUAUAUUAGUGUGCAAAAUGAUCAAUAAUACUGCAAAAUCAUUUUUUUAAGAGGUGAGAUGAAUUCAUGUUGCAUUAAAUAGAAAUAAAAAAACAAUUAAAAAUGAUUAAAAGAUAUUUUAGAACAAGCA